GGGUUUUAGAAUUUGUUUGCGGUAGAUAUUCCUAAUGAAAAUCGCCGUCAAAGAUGAGACUACUACAGUAGAACCCCGCUAACUUGAACUCUGAAGGGAAGCAAAAAUCAGUUCGAGUUAGCGGGGAAUUCGAGAUAGCAGAGUAUGAAUCGAUGUGCUUUUACCCAUGAAUCUUCGGGGUCGUAUCCAGAAGUAGCAUAAAAACAAACAUGGCGGACGAUUCGUCGAGCGACGACGAACAAGACAUCGAGGAUGGCUACGAUGCGAUGCAAGAGAUUGAAGAAUACCACGGGGAGUCGAGCUCUGAAUACUCCGACUCUGGUUCCUCACACAUUGAUAAUGGAGACGGUCCCAGACCACUAAGUAUCGCGUUUGACCCAUCAUUACCAACAAGACAUGAGUAUCUUGGUGAAGAGAUGGACGAGUUCAGUGGUCGAACUGUUCUGGAACCAAAUAAUGUAUUGCAACUCCCCCUUCUCACACUUCCUGGCCUAAUUCUGGUGCCAGGGCAAACUCUACCGCUUCACAUAUUCCAGCCACAGACUGUUGCAAUGAUGAAGAAUGUUAUUGACAAAGACAGAACAUUUGGUCAAGUUAACUCAAGAUAUGGUUCUAACAGGAACCAGCUGUUAUCCUCAAUUGGGACUACUGUGGAAAUAUUCUCAAUGAAGGAAGAAGUAGAGGCAGGAAUAACAACAAUCAGGAUCAAGGCUACAGGAAGACAGCGAUUCAGGAUUAUUGACAUCCGGACACAAGUUGAUGGAAUUCCUCAAGCUACUGUCCAGAUUCUACCAGAAAUCACCCUAUCCCCACACCCCGAGGGAGGUUUGCUUUCAUGCUAUUCCAAGUCUGGUUGCCAAGCAACUUGUGGAGGGUGCUUGCCAAAGUAUCACCCGCCAGGAGGGGGUGUUGGCAAGCCACGCCUUGGUGUCAGCCGCUUCAGAAGAGUCAACACAAGUCUGAGUAGCUGGCCAGAAUGGGUCUAUAGACUUUAUAAUCCUUUUAGCUUGAUGGAUGAAAUCAAGAAACUUCUACUGAGCUGGAAUGAGUCCAUGCGAGUGGACAAUCUUCCUAUCUGCCCGACAGAGUUCUCAUUUUGGAUAGCAGCAAACCUUCCGCUGGACGACAGAUUGAGGCUUCAAAUACUGACAAUAAACUGUCCUACCCAGCGACUGCGCAAGGAACUCAGCAUUAUGCAAAAGUGCAGCGUAUUGUGUUGUCGGGACUGCAACUCAACUAUUGCUUAUAAAAAUGAGCUUUUCAGUAUGUCGCUGGAUGGCCCUUUAGGCGCCUAUGUGAACCCUGGUGGGUUUGUGCACGAGACGCUCACAUUCUAUAAAGCGCUGGGCAUUCGCCUCCGGGGGCACCCCACUGCGGAAAACAGCUGGUUUCCAGGAUACGCCUGGACGAUUGCCGAGUGUCAACAGUGCUCCAAUCACCUCGGCUGGCGGUUUAGCGCCAUCAAGAAAGGCUUGAGUCCCGGCAAGUUCUGGGGAUUGACGCGGUCUUCGCUCAAACCUUCCAUGAAGGACGAAGGGAUAACGGAUGACAGUUAGUGAACGAAGGGAUAACGGAUGACAGUGUAACGGAGGGAUAACGGAUGACAGUGUAACGGAGGGAUAACGGAUGACAGUGUAACGAAGGGAUAACGAAUGACAGUUUAACGAAGGGAUAACGGAUGACAGUUUAACGAAGGGAUAACGGAUGACAGUUUAACGAAGGGAUAACGAAUGACAGUGUAACGAAGGGAUAACGGAUGACAGUUUAACGAAGGGAUAACGGAUGACAGUGUAGUAGAGAGGUUCUUUAGUUCCACAGUAUGUUAUAUUUUCCUGGUUUUUACAUCGCGCAUAAUUUGGUUUCACUGCUCACAUGCCAGGCCCGUAUCCAGGAUUUUUCUGGGGGGGGGGGGGGGGGGUGCGAAAUCCGAUUAGUUUGGUGCCUGUUUUGUGUAACCCGCUUAUGCCUUAUGGUUUCGUCUACAAAUAGCACGUCUAUUCCGAACCUGAAGUGGGUUUUCUGCCGUUGUGUGUAUGUGUGUGGGGGUUGGGAAAUGCGGACGCACCCCCCCCCCCCCCCCCCCCCCGUGCCUGCAUGCAUAGGUAAAUUCUCGCUGAUGAAAUUCCCUCUCCAUUCCUCAAGGUAGUACUCUUUUUAGAAAAAGAAUGAAAUAAAUAAAACUCUUUAAUAAUACCAGUAAUGAUGUUUUAAAUUCGGGUUCAAAUGUAUAUGUUUAUCGCGCGAAGAAUUAAGAAUGGGGGGAUGUUAAAAUAACCCCUUUUGGCAAAAUUCCUGGGAUCAGGAAUUUCCAGGGCCCUUCAAUGAACAGCUAGUAUUCAAGAAAGCAUCAGUUGUAAAAUUAAGGUACACGAAUAUUUGGAAUAAAAGGAGCAUAAUUUA